AUGGCUAAACGCACCAAGAAGGUCGGAAUCGUAGGUAAAUAUGGGACCCGUUAUGGUGCCUCCCUCAGAAAAAUGGUGAAGAAGAUUGAAAUAAGCCAGCACACCAAGUAUACUUGCUCCUUCUGUGGCAAAACAAAGAUGAAAAGACGAGCUGUGGGGAUCUGGCAUUGUGGCUCCUGCAUGAAAACCAUCGCUUGUGGCGCUUGGACCUUCAACACCACUUCUGCUGUCACAGUAAAGUCCGCUAUCAGAAGACUGAAGGAAUCAAGAACUAAUGAUAUGGAUAGUGUCAGAAUUGAACUGAAUUAUAGAACACCAAGCUGGUGUCUGGAGAACUAUUUGGAACUGCAUGGGAACCCCACCCCCAGCCUUGUUCCACACAUUGAAAAUUGA